GGUUCCAAAUUGUGACUCGGAGAGUGCUGAAGCCAUCGCAGCCUCAUUCGUUGCAUCAACUUGUUUAUUACUCUCUCUAUCAAUCUUCUUCCAAUGCCUAUUUACAAAGGAAAGGUACUUAGGAGACAUAGAGAUAUAGUGAAGAGAACUGUUGGUGGGUAUUUUCUUGUGCAAGGAAGAGCUGAUGACACCAUGAAUCUUGGUGGAAUAAAGACAAGUUCUGUAGAAAUUGAGCGUGUAUGCGACAGGGCCGAUGAAUGCAUUAUGGAGACAGCUGCAAUCAGUGUCACUCCUGCAAGUGGAGGCUCUGAACAACUUGUUAUAUUUGUAGUUUUGAAGAAAGGAUACAGUUCCGAUGUAGAAGCUCUGAAAAAGAAAUUCUCUAAAGCCAUUCAGAGCAACCUUAAUCCUUUGUUUAAGGUUUGACACUCAUGAUUGAUUUUAAGCAAUUACAGUUACAAAUAUGAAUAGAAUGCAGAUAGUUUAUUGCCAUGCAAAAAGUAAUAUUGGCUGGCAUAUGGAUCCAUAUUCUUGAGUUGUGAAGGGCCGUUGAUUCUAUAAUUUAAAAUAAUAAAAACAAAAAGUUUGAAUAAAAGCAUAAGAAUUUCUAUGCUGUAUGCCCCUUUCCUGGGGUUGUAGUUCAAUUGGUCAGAGCACCGCCCUGUCAAGGUGGAAGCUGCGGGUUCGAGCCCCGUUAGUCCCAAAUGAAUAAAAAUCCAAAAUAAAACACCAAUUUGUAUGUGAAAAGGAAUCCUAAUAACAAAAAAUAUCAUUCCUAAGAGAAAUUCCCUCUUUUU